GGAGAGCGAGAGAGAGUGAUAAAGAGAAGGACAAACAUUAAGGGCAGAGAGGGGUAGAGAAAGCAAGAAAAGGAGAGGAAGAGAUUGUGGUUAGAGGAGUGCUUGAUCGAUGAGAUUCUCUUGAGUUUACAACUGUUGAAGAAAAUCUGACGUCCCUGAUGAUAAAAGCCACGAGUGGAUAUAGUUGAGAAGAUUUAAGGGAUUCGGUUCAAUCGACAAGGAAAAACCUUCGAACUGGUAGAUGAAGGGACGCUUCUUGGAUAUCAGCGAUGAUACAAUACGGCUAAAAAAAAUUUUUUUUCAACCAUCUUAAAAAAUACUUGUUACCAGCUGAGUGGUUUCAGUGGAUAUUAUGGACACGGACAGGAAGCUAUCGUAGGGGAGAUCGUGUAAUAUGGUAUGUGCCGGGCACAUAUCGUGAAGCGCUGUAACCUAUGUACCACCCAAGGUGGCACAGAUUGAAAGCUCCCUAUCAUCAACACACAUCCUCUGUCGAGUGCGAACACUAGCUACUUGCCGCAACUGGGCUUCCACCGGUUGUUCAGAUCGACCCGCUACAUUGAUCAGCGCAUCUACCAAUUGACCCGGCCAACUUCCGGUCUACCUCUCAACUGUUGGAAAAAACGGGCUACAGAACCCGGGGGAAUUUCAUUAUCUGCUGCGUCUUUUGUCAACUAUGGAAGUCGCCUCAGAAUUAUCACCGCUGUCAGAUGCGGAAAAGCAAGGGCGGAUCGGGACUGGGAGGACAUCAUACUACCCCCAGACACCGAACAAAAGACCACCGAACCGACGGCAACAAACGAAAAACUGCCUGAAGCACAACGCCCUGACGAUACUGACGGUCCUCGGUGUGGUUGGUGGUAUAAUUUUGGGCCUGGUUCUAAGAAAUGCGCGCAGCACAAAUUGGCCUUCCCGUGACAUAAUGUAUGUCAACUAUGUGGGCGAGCUGUUCCUACGGAUGCUGAAGAGCUUAAUCCUGCCGCUGAUCAUGGCCAGUCUGAUCUCCGCUAUCGGUUCGCUGGACUUGUCUCUUAGUGGGAAGAUCGGGGCGCGAGCGAUCGUUUACUACAUGGUUACAACCGUCAGUGCAGUUAUCACGGGUAUCAUUCUCGUCAUAUCCAUCCACCCCGGACGCGGCGACGAGUCGAACAUCGAACGAGCCGGAGUUUCGAGAAACGUCACAACGGUUGACACGCUCAUGGAUCUGGCGAGGAACAUGUUUCCACCGAACUUGGUCCAGGCCUGCAUCUCGCAGUAUCGUACAGUACUUAAGCCCCAAGCCAACGAUACGAACGCCAACAUUCUGACCUGGAAGAUCGAGCACGAAUACGCUGACGGUACGAAUAUACUGGGUCUCGUUGUGUUUUCAACCGUGCUUGGUAUCACUCUUGGAAAAAUGGGACCCGACGGCCGACCUCUUCUCCGGUUCUUCGAGGCUUUGUCAUCGGCAAUGAUGAUCAUCACAAACUGGGUCAUUUGGGUAUCGCCAAUUGGAGUGUUGUUCCUGGUCUCAUCGAAGCUCCUGGAAAUGAAAUCCUUCGAGGUAAUAAUCGGCCAGCUUGGAAUGUACUUUAUGACGGUGCUCGUGGGCCUCUUCAUCCACGGAUUCAUCGUCCUUCCGUUGAUCUACUUUCUCGUUACACGACGCAACCCGUUCUCCUACGUCUCGAACAUGGCUCAGGCCCUGGCAACGGCCUUUGGAACCUCGUCAAGUUCCGCGACACUUCCGGUCGCCAUUGGCUGCCUGGAGGACAGGAACGGCAUAGACCCUCGAGUAGCUCGUUUCGUCAUGCCGAUCGGUGCGACGAUAAACAUGGACGGAACUGCCCUCUACGAGGCCGUCGCCGCGAUUUUCAUAGCCCAAGUCCGUAACGUGAAUCUCUCCUUUGGUCAGCUCGUGGCAGUCAGCAUCACGGCAACCGCUGCCAGCAUCGGCGCAGCCGGAAUUCCGCAGGCUGGUUUGGUCACCAUGGUCAUGGUUCUUGACACGGUUGGACUUCCGGCCAAAGACGUCACGUUGAUCAUCGCGGUUGAUUGGCUGCUGGAUCGUUUUCGGACGACCAUCAACGUGAUGGGAGACUCACUCGGCGCUGGAAUAGUAAAUUACCUUAGUCGCAACGAGCUGCGAAAUCCAACGCGAGAUUCACAGCCGAAAAAUAGUGCUGAUCACAAUACGACGCCGAUAUGAAGAGGUCGUUGUUGAAUUAUUGAACCUGCGGAGCGUCGACGGCGAGAAAAAUUUUUUUUAUGCCGUCUACUGCAAAGACGACAAUACAUGAGUCAACAUGUAUAUAAUAUAAGCUUGUUGGCGGGUAUUUCGCGUGCAUAUAUAUGAAUAAAUAUAUAUAAUAAUAUAUAUAUAUAUGUUACACGUUAA